CUGUGCCUAGAUUUUCUCACUAACUCUGAAACUCCUCUCUCUUCUUCAUCUUCUUCUUCUUUCCAUUUCCGACAUCAAUCUGAACAUUUUCUUCAGCUCCUUCAAUGGAUCCGAAUCUCGACGAGCCCGACUAUUUAUUCUCCGGAGCCGGCGCCGGAGCCACUCGUUCAUACUCCGGUGACCUCUUAACUCCGUCCGCUCCAUCUUCUCAAUUCCUCGACUCUUCCUCCGACGAUGAAGAGCAGCAAAACGACGUGAACAGAAACGACGCCGUAUUGAUGGAGUCCACCUCUAAGCGACUCGAUAACAUGCUCCAAUUCCUCGACCGCAAGCUCUCCAUGAAGAACGACGACAAUACCAAUAACUAUUCCGCUACUUACUCCACCAACUGCGUCACUUCCAUUUUGGAUAACGAUUACGUCCAAAACGACGUCGUUGGGCAGCGAAACGCUUCGCUUCCCGAGUUUGUCGCCGGUGGCGGAGGCGCCGGAAUCUUCAGGCUUCCGCUUCGGGCCGCCGUGCACCCCAAUCGACCUCCGAGCCUCGAUGUGAGACCCCACCCGCUCAGGGAGACUCAGAUUGGUCGAUUCCUUCGCACCAUUGUAGCUACACGCUCUCAAUUGUGGGCUGGUGCUGAGUGUGGACUUAGGAUUUGGGAUUUGAACAAUUUGUACGGAGCUUCUUCGACGACGAAAUGUCAUGGGGAUACGCUGCCGUUUAGGGAGUCUGUAAGGACUUCGCCGGCUCUGUGUUUGGUGGCGGAUGAGGGUACAAGGGUGGUUUGGAGUGGGCAUAGAGAUGGAAAGAUUAGGUGUUGGAGGAUGGAGCAAGAGAUUGGUGUUGGGGUUGAGUCUGGUUGUGCUACUGAGACUCUUUUCAAGGAAGGGUUGUCGUGGCAGGCUCAUAGGGGUCCUGUUCUUUCGCUUGUUAUCUCUUCCUAUGGGGAUCUAUGGUCUGGUUCAGAGGCUGGUGCCAUUAAAAUAUGGCCGUGGGAAGCCAUCGAAAAAUCACUUUCUUUAACCACUGAAGAAAGGCCCAUGGCUGCAUUAAUAGUUGAGAGGUCAUUUGUUGACCCUAGGGGCCAAGUGGCUGUAAAUGGUUUUGGUAAUAUAUUAACUUCUGAUGUUAGGUACUUGUUAUCGGAUACUUCUAGAGCAAAAGUGUGGAGUGCUGGUUAUGUAUCAUUUGCACUAUGGGAUGCUCGUACAAGGGAGUUACUGAAAGUGUUCAAUACAGAUGGCCAGAUUGAGAAUCGAGUGGACAUAUCAGCGGUACAGGACUUAUCUUAUGAAUUUGUUUCUGGAGCUAAAAAGGAGAAAGCACAAAGUUCUGUUGGGUUCUUCCAGCGCUCACGUAAUGCUAUAAUGGGAGCAGCAGAUGCUGUACGUCGAGUUGCAGCCAAGGGUGGCUUUGGAGAUGAUAAUCGAAGAACUGAAGCACUUGUGAUGACUGUAGAUGGUAUGAUUUGGACUGGAUGUACAAGUGGCUUGCUUGUGCAGUGGGAUGGAAAUGGAAACCGUAUACAAGAAUUUCAUUACCAUUCUUUUGCUGUGCAAUGCUUCUGCGCAUUUGGUCUGCGAAUAUGGGUUGGCUAUGCGAGUGGUACUGUCCAGGUACUGGACCUUGAGGGUAAUCUGCUUGGAGGAUGGGUAGCUCACAGCAGUCCUGUUAUAAACAUGAGUGCAGCAGCUGGUUUUAUGUUCACCUUGGCUAAUCAUGGUGGUAUACGUGGAUGGAAUGUUACAUCACCAGGACCUCUUGACAGUAUAGUGCGUUCAGAGUUGACUGGCAAAGAAUUUUUGUAUACACGGAUAGAAAAUCUGAAAAUUUUAAGUGGUACAUGGAAUGUUGGACAAGGUAGAGCUUCUCAUGACUCGCUUAUAUCCUGGCUAGGUUCUGUGGCCAUUGAUGUUGGCAUUGUUGUUGUUGGGUUGCAAGAAGUUGAAAUGGGUGCUGGUUUUCUUGCCAUGUCUGCAGCUAAAGAGACUGUAGGUCUUGAGGGGAGUUCUGUUGGGCAGUGGUGGCUGGAUAUGAUUGGGAAAACAUUAGAUGAAGGAUCAACAUUUGAACGUGUUGGCUCUAGACAGUUGGCAGGCUUGCUUAUUGCUGUGUGGGUGAGAAGUAAUCUUAAGGCUCAUGUUGGAGACGUUGAUGCAGCAGCCGUUCCAUGUGGCUUUGGGCGAGCUAUUGGUAAUAAGGGAGCUGUUGGAUUGAGAAUCAGAGUGUAUGACAGGAUAAUGUGCUUCGUUAAUUGUCACUUUGCAGCACAUUUAGAAGCAGUUAGUCGUCGCAAUUCAGACUUUGAUCAUGUAUAUCGAACAAUGACCUUCAGCCGACCAACCAACAUUUUCAAUGUUGCUUCUGGUACAGUGCUGUACCUACUCUUGUACUGUUCACUUACCUUAUUAAUGUAUCUAUCAUGGCUUGUUUAUAGAUCUGGCUUGCCAUUGGUCCUUUCUAUUGCAGCUGGUGCUUCAUCUGCUGCUCAAACAUUUCGUGGUAUCAAUGCUCUUGGUGCUAACUCUGCAGAAGGGAUGCCUGAAUUAUCUGAAGCUGACAUGGUCAUAUUUCUGGGUGAUUUUAAUUAUCGGCUUGAUGAUAUAUCUUAUGAUGAAGCUAGAGAUUUUGUUUCACAAAGAUCCUUUGAUUGGCUUAGAGAAAGGGAUCAGCUCCGAGCAGAAAUGGAAGCUGGAAACGUCUUUCAAGGCAUGCGUGAAGCAGUUAUUACAUUUCCUCCUACAUACAAGUUCGAAAGACACCAAGUUGGCUUAGCAGGGUAUGAUUCUGGUGAAAAGAAGCGCAUUCCAGCAUGGUGUGAUAGAAUCCUCUACCGUGAUAGCUGCACAUCAUCAGUAUCAGAAUGCAGUCUAGAGUGUCCUGUUGUCUCUUCAGUAUUGCAGUAUGAGGCUUGCAUGGAUGUCACAGACAGUGAUCACAAACCUGUUCGUUGCAUAUUUACUGUUGAUAUUGCUCGGGUUGAUGAAUCAGUUAGGAGACAAGAGCUUGGAGAAAUUCUUAAUUCGAAUAAGAAAAUCAAAUGUAUGCUUGAAGAAUUAUACAAGAUUCCGGAGACCAUUGUCAGUACAAACAACAUAAUUCUUCAAAACAAGGACACCUCCAUCUUAAGAAUCACCAAUAAAAGUGGGAAAAAAGAUGCUUUAUUUGAAAUAACUUGUGAAGGACAGUCUACCAUUAGGGAUGAUGGCCUUGCAUCAGAUCAUUGCCCUAAAGGUUCCUUUGGCUUUCCGCUGUGGCUCGAGGUCAUUCCGGCAGCUGGCAUUAUCAGACCAGAUCAUAUUGUAGAAGUGUCCAUUCAUCAUGAGGAUUUCCAAACCCUUGAAGAAUUCGUUGAUGGCAUCCCACAUAACUGUUGGUGUGAAGAUGCCAGAGAUAAGGAAGUUAUAUUAGUGGUUAAGGUGCGUGGGAAGUACACAACUGAGACUAGAGACCAUCGCAUCCGGGUGCGCCACUGUUUUCCAGACAAGAAGAAACAAAUUGGUCAUGACCCUGAUACAAGGCAAAUCAAAGGAACCGUUCUUCACCGGUCUGAUGUCCAACGCCUCAGCAGUUCAUAUGAUGUGGUUGACCACCUGAGAAAUUUGCAUAGCCCUUGAAGUUUCCAAACGUUUUCUUGAAAAUGCACUUAUUGAGGUGAGAGAAAAAAGGGGCUUAAUCGUCCCCCUUUUAGUCAAACAUUAAUUCUCCAAGAAUCUGGGUGUAAAUACAGGAAAAUCCAGGUUGGCUUUCUGGGGCCUUUUUUUUUUUAAAAUUUUUUUUAUUUUAAUACUUUUGCAGAGUAUUGUCCAUAGCGUCUUCAUCGAGUUUGGUGUCAUUCUUUGAACUUUAUUCAGUUUGCAAGCAAACGCCCAGUCCAAUUUAUUUUAUAGUUUUCAGGGCUGGUUUUUAGUUACAAACUGUACAGGAAAAGGGAAUACCAAAAGCAGCACAGAGGGUGUGUAAACGUAUGAGUUUUUAAAUUUUCCCAUUUUCUUAUCAUAGUUUUUCGUCGAGUUCCUUCUUGAGGGUGUAUUGACAAUAUUUGACAUUGAAUGAUAAAAGCUACUUUUUGGCUUUUCUUC